UUUUAUCAUCCCCGAUUUCGCGUCCCUUCCAAUGACGAACUCUGGCAUGCAUCCUGACUAAUCCACCGGCGGCCACCGUUUCCCGACGCAACCCAAGCAUCCUAGUAAUGAAGAACGCAUCGACGAAGCAUAGGUAAGUCUUUUCCCACCGAUUCUCCAAAACCCUAAUUUCACAUUCUGGCGCGAUUGGUUUUCACAUUCUGGCGCGAUUGGUGAGUUUUUCAGAGAGAGGUUGGUUGGAGGUUUCGAUUAUGGGUAGGAUGUACUUAUAGGCUGUUUCUUACCUCCUUUUCUUGUGUCGCUGAGGAAGAGCCCCGCUGUGACAUCGCUGCAAAUCGAGAAGAUGAUGGGGAUUUCAGAACGAUAGAUGCGCGAGCAGAAAAGGACUGAAUGACAGCGGUGGUGGUCUCGAGCGGCGACGACGUGGUCUUGAGCGGCGGCGUCGUGGUCUCGAGCGGCGGCAUCGUCUCCACCAGGUGCGAACCCUAAAUCGUGAGAAUUUGUUUUUCGGGUUGUAGGGAAGGAGAAGGGGGGUAAGUAAGAAGAUAUACCAUUUUUUUUCUACACGCGGCAUUCCACGUGUACAUUUUGCUGAAGUGUCAAUCAUGUGGAGGUCGGAUUCCGUCCUCGUCAGCGUUCCGUCAAACGAGUUAUUGGCUAUACAUGUGUAUUUUGACUAUUGGUUUUGGCUAGAUUUGUCAUACUACCCUCCGUUUUUUGGGCUAUUUGUGGUUUUCGAAUAGAAAUGACUAUAUUUGUCAAAAGUGUGAAAGUUAUGGCUAUACAGGUGUAUUUUGACUAUUGGUUUUUGUAACUUUUACCAUCGCAUAAUUGAAAAUAACAAUGUUUUUUUGGAUAAUGUCUAUUUUUUAUCCAAAUCUUUUUUAGAUUCUUUUAUAUUAUCCAAACCUAUCGAAAUACUAACAAUUAACCAAAUGUUAAUUUCCAAUUAGCAAUUUUGUUAGUAACAUUGACUUGGCAACAUGAGACUGACUUGGAAGAGACACGUGAAGGUCAACAUUCCAAAAUUUUAUUAUUUUAACUAAGAAAAGAGUUACAAAAUUAUUAACGAUAACGUAAAAAUGACUAAUAUUUUAUUUUGAUGCAAUAAGAUAGAUUUGGCUAAUUAAUAUAAUUUAAUAGGUUUGGAUAAUAUAAAAAAAUUUAAAAAAAUUUGAAUAAAAAACAGACAUUUUUUUUUAUGUUGAAAUAUUCUUGUGGGAUUACUCCUAAAGAAAACAGAAAAUAAUGAAACGAUUCCGUUCGAAAUUCACGGUGGUGCGGUGCGCUUCUCCUCUUUUUACCUCAUCCAUAUAUAUACUCCAACUCCAACUGAUAAAUACGCCACCCCGUUUCUGUUUCCUCCUAUACACCCACGCCAUCGCCUCUGUUUGGAUCAUCACCACCAGCACAAGCACCAGCCUCAUCGGCGGAAAACCAAACGACGGCGAGGGGGCCGGAAACUGUUUGUUAAAGAACGAGAUGAACAUCGGACAGAAAUAACACAAGACCGGAAGUGCUCUAUAUUUCUUCACUGCAAAUUUCAGGUCUUCGAUCAUCUUCGAAGGCCAAUUUUAAACAACUCGAAGAAAAACUCAUCAGUAAAUUAUUUAGGUACUCCUUUUGUUAAAUCCUCUCAACUGCGACUCGAUCGUAGACUCCUUUGUCUUCACCAUCCCAGCGGCGGAAUGAACAUCAUUGGCUGUUGUGUGUAUUUUUUUUUUCCUUCUCUUGCUCUUUCGUUUCUGUGCUUUUCCUUUUUGUGUGUUCUAAGGCAGGAUUUGAUUUCUGGUUCUGCUUCGUUAUCCGUUGUGGAAUUUUCCCUCUUGGGAAGAAGGGUUUGAUCGAGAUUGGGACUGAUUGAUUGUGUUCUGUAUGUGGAUGAAAAAUUGCUUCUUUGUUCUCCCAUGGUGUAUACUUUGAGUUCGUUUCCUCUUACAAUUCUCGGUUGAAGCCCAGUGUUUUUCACUAAUAGGCACGGUGACGUUGAUUAUAUCUGCGAUUUUGGAGUGCUUAAAAUCAUCAGCAAUGGCAGUGCUCACAGUGUGUUCAGCACUUGCCGGAAUGCUAGAUGCUGAAUUUCUUGCUAUUUGGAGCCUUUCCUUUCUCGGAUUGCUUCUUGUUUCUGUUUAGAUGCGAAAUGUGUAUUGGAUUUCGUCAAUUGAUGUUGAAUUAUUGUUAGGAUCCUGGGGAGAAUGGCCAAUCGUGGGCAAAAGCGAUCAGAAGUGAUCGAUGAAUUGCCAGCUGACAAGAGAGCUUGCAGUUCAUUGGAUUUUAGACCGAGUACAUCGAAUUCCUCAGCUCAAGCACAUAUUACUUCCACGCCUGAUCCCAAUGACGCAGAGACCCGUGACGCUGAUAUGGAUACUACAUCUUCUCAUUCUGGGGGUUCAAGCCACUCGGAGGAAGAUCACGAGAGGGAUUCUGCUUAUGGUUCGUGUGAUUCUGAUGAUGCAGAUCCGCGACAGAGCAGCCUGCGGAAUUAUCAGAGGCAAAGAUCAUCUGGUGAUCAUGGUAGAUUAAGGAGUGUUUUAACCAAUCUGAGUGAAGGAAGUGAAUCCUCCGCCAAGUUAGCUGCUCUAACACAGUUGUGUGAAGUGCUGGCAUUUUGCUCCGAGGAUUCACUUUCAACUAUGAUGGCAGAUUCUUUGUCCCCAGUUCUUGUUAGGUUUGCUAGGGAUGAGAGUAACCCGGAUAUAAUGCUUUUGGCCAUAAGGGCUUUAACUUACUUGUGUGAUGUCUUUCCUCGGGCGUCUAGCUUGCUUGUUGGACACAAUGCAGUUCCAGCUCUUUGUCAGAGGUUAAUGAACAUUGAAUACUUAGAUGUAGCUGAACAGUGUUUGCAAGCAUUGGAGAAAAUAUCACAUGAUCAACCGCUACCUUGCUUACAGGCUGGUGCAGUCAUGGCUGUUCUAACUUUUAUAGACUUCUUUUCCACAAGUGUGCAGAGAGUUGCUCUUUCAACAGUGGUUAAUAUAUGUAAAAAACUGCCAACAGAUAGUUCUGCUCCUUUCAUGGAGGCUGUUCCAAUAUUGUGCAAUCUCUUGCAGUAUGAAGAUCGGCAGCUUGUCGAAAAUGCGGCCACUUGCUUGAUCAAAAUAGCUGAACGAGUUAGUCAUUCUCAAGAGAUGCUGGAUGAUCUCUGUAAGCAUGGGCUAGUAAAUCAGGCCGCACAUUUAGUACAAUGGAAUAGCAGAACAACUUUAUCCCAGCCAAUAUACAAUGGCAUGAUUGGGCUCCUUGCUAAACUCUCUUCUGGUUCACUCACUGCUUUUAAGACUCUCUAUGACCUUAAUAUAGGCAGUAUUCUGAAGGAAAUAUUAGCUAACUAUGACCUCUCUCAUGGAAUCUUUUCUCCUCAUUUGGUUGAUGGGCAAGGAAACCAGGUGUAUGAAGUUCUGAAGUUGCUAAUUCAGCUUCUACCAUCGGUAACAGGAGAACAAGAUGCUCAACCUCAGUUGUUGGACAAAGAGUCCUAUCUUAACGAUCACCCAGAUCUUCUGCAUAAAUUGGGGUCAGACAUAAUGCCCAUGUUGGUCCAGGUGAUUAAUUCUGGUGCAAAUUUGUAUGUCUGCUAUGGAUGUCUAUCUGUUAUCAACAAGUUAGUUUAUUUCUGCAAACCUGACACACUUGCUUAUUUGUUCAAGGAAGCAAACAUUGCAAGUUUCCUAGCUGGCGUCUUUACUAGAAAGGACACCCAUGUACUUGUUUUAGUCCUUCAAAUUGCUGAGAGAAUUUUGCAGAAGGUUCCAGAGAUUUCACUGAACUCUUUCAUUAAGGAGGGUGUCUUUUUUGCAAUCGAUGCCCUUCUAACACCAGAAAAAUGUUCGAGUUCAAUUAUCCCUGGGUCCAAUGGCUUUCAACUUCCACUUGAGGUGGGUCAAAAAACUGCUUCAAGGACUACACUGAAGUGCUUAUGUUAUUCUCUUGAUACCAACGAGUCUGCCUCUACUUCUGAAGCUGGGGAAUGCAAACUUGAAAAGGAUAGUGUUCAAAAUCUGGCAAGGCACAUUAGAACCAGUUACUUUACUCAAGAGUUAGAUGAGUCUGACAAAGGACUGACAGAUAUCCUGCAAAAUCUUCGUGCUCUUGCUGUUGCUUUGGAUGAGUUGAUGAAUAAAGCUGGCUCUGAUUGUUCUACUCAUGGUGAGGAGAGGUUUUAUAAUCUACUGCACCAAAUUAUGGGAAAGCUUGGUGGAAGAGAACCCGUCUCGGCUUUUGAGUUUAUCGAGAGUGGGAUUGUAAGAUCACUCUCAAGUUAUUUGUCAAAUGGCUUGUGUUUCAGAGAAAAGAUGGUGCCACUUGCUGACUAUGAUUAUUGCCAUGUUGUAGAAAGGUUUGAGGUACUUGCCAGGUUAUUUCCAUUAUCUACAGAUCUGAAUGGAGGGUUCACUAUAUCAGUUCUUAUACAAAAACUGCAAAAUGCAUUAUCAUCUUUGGAAAAUUUCCCAGUCAUUCUAAGCCAUUCAUUCAAGCAAAGAAACUUCUAUGCAACAGUUCCUCAUGGGCGCGUGACAUCUCACCCGUGCUUAAGAGUGCGCUUCAAAAGGGAAGAGAAGGAGACGUGCCUUCGUGACUACUCUGAAGAUGCUGUAUCUGUUGACCCUUUUGCCUCCUUGACUGCUAUUCAAGGAUUUUUGUUGGCCAAGGUUAGAAGAAAAGUGAGAAAGAGAACACAAUCAGCUGGUCAGUCUGUGGAGCCAAUGGAAGGAGUACAACUUCAAAUACCCUUAAAUGCAACCUCUGUUCAAGGAGAGAGUUCAUGGAUGGUGGAAUCUGAGAACAUGUCUGCUGACUUUCCUGUAAUGCAGGAAGAUCGAGCUAAGCCAUCUCAAUCUUCAUCUGAAACUGUUGAAGUUCUGCAACCAAGAAGUCCCAGUCAAUCAUUGUCCGAAAACAACAAUGCUUCUGUGGAACCAGGGGAAGAGUCUCCUUCCACGAGAGUAGUGGGCUCAGACAGUUGCUUUUCUGCAUCUCCUCACAGCAGAGAUGAUUCUCUGAAAUUGGCCUUCUACAUGGAUGGGCAACCGCUGGACCAGACUUUAACAUUGUACCAAGCGUUUAUCCAACAAAAGAUUACAUCAGAGCUCGAAAUUAAUUCCAGUGCAAACUUGUGGAGUCAAGUGUACACUAUUACAUAUAAGGUAGCCACUGAACCCGAGGAUGAAAACCGUGAAGGAAGCCAGGAUCCACUUCGACCCCUUUUGGAAAAAACUGAGGCUCAUUUGCUCUAUACUUCAUAUUUCCGUUCUAUGUUGGAAUCUGAACUAGUCUCUGACGUGGACAGGUCUAGUCCUACUUAUGCUACAUUGUUUCUGCUAAAGUGCUUAGAAGGUCUCAACAGGUGCACCUUUCAGCUAAUGUCUCGGGAAAGAAUGCAUCGUUUUGCCAAAUCACUCAUACACAACUUGGACGAUAUCAAAGUGAUUUUUCUUUCGGUACCCCAGAACGAGUUUGUGAACAGUAAGUUGACAGAAAAACUGGAGCAGCAGAUGAGGGAUCCAUUAGCAUUAUCGACAGGUGGCUUACCUCUGUGGUGCAAUCAGCUAAUGGAUUCAUGCCCCUUUCUAUUUGGGUUUGAGGCAAGAUGUAAAUAUUUCCGGUUAUCAGCCUUUGGUCCUCAGAAAGCUCUUGCACAGCUGCAACAACAUAAUAACAAUAAUCCAGGCCUCUCGAGAGACAGGCGACCACUUGCUGCUGGUAGUUCGCCCCGAAAAAAGUUCUUAGUAUCCCGUGAUCAAAUUCUGGAGUCUGCUGCUCGAAUGAUGGACCUUUAUAGUAAUGUUAGAGCACCCGUUGAAGUUGAAUAUAGUGAAGAAGUUGGUACUGGUCUUGGCCCAACAUUGGAGUUUUACACUUUGGUCUCUCACGAGUUUCAGAAUUCUGGUCUUGCCAUGUGGAGAGGAGAGCACUUUUCAUGCAUGGCGAAAGAAAUGCAGACUCGGCACUCUGAAGUUGUCUCACCUCUUGGGCUUUUUCCUUGCCCGAUGCCGCCACCUAUGCUGGAUGCAUCUAAUGGAGUAAAAUUUUGUGAGGUCGGUAAAAGGUUUUUCCUGUUGGGCCAAAUUGUGGCAAAAGCUCUUCAAGAUGGAAGAGUCUUGGAUCUGCCCUUCUCCAAAGCUUUCUAUAAGCUUAUUCUUCAUCAGGAACUGAACAUAUGCGACAUCCCAUCAUUUGAUCCUGAGCUGGGUAGGACAUUGCUAGAGUUUCAGGCGCUGGUUAACAGGAAAAAGAUUGUUUUGGAAUCUGGUGUUAUUGGAGCCAGUUUUGAUGCAUGCUUCCGGGACACCAAAAUCGAGGAUCUUUGUCUCGAUUUUACUCUUCCUGGCUAUCCGUGUUAUGUUCUUAAUGCUAAUGAAGAUCCUAAAAUGGUAAAUAUGGAUAACUUGGAGGAGUAUGUUACCCUUGUGGUGGAUGCUACUGUGCGUUCUGGAAUUUGUAGACAGGUUGAAGCUUUCAAGUCUGGAUUUAAUCAGGUGUUCCCAAUCGAACAUCUCAAGAUUUUCACAGAAGAGGAAUUAGAGCGGUUAGUGUGCGGAGAGCGGGAUUUUUGGAGUUUCAAUGAGCUCUUCGAUCAUAUCAAGUUUGAUCAUGGCUACACUGCAAGCAGUCCUCCAGUCAUAAACUUGCUGGAAAUAAUUCAGGAGUUUGAUUACGAGAAGAGAAGAGCAUUUCUCCAAUUUGUGACCGGGGCACCUCGACUGCCUCCAGGAGGUUUAGCAUCAUUGAAUCCUAAGCUGACAAUCGUGAGGAAGCACUGCAGCGCUUCAGCAGAUGUGGACCUGCCCAGUGUCAUGACCUGUGCUAAUUACCUCAAGUUGCCCCCUUACUCAACUAAAGAGAAGAUGAAGGAGAAACUGGUAUAUGCGAUUACAGAAGGGCAAGGCUCGUUCCAUCUUUCGUAGAUUUGACUCGGAUGCUGGCGUGGGGAGUACAUAGCCAACGAAUCUGUGAAUUUGUAAAUAACAUAACAGGGGGGAGGCGUGCUUUCCUGUUUUCCUUUCAAAUUAGAUAGAAGGUAGGGAGGGAGGUGAUUGUUAAGCUAGUUUGUGCCUUGUUGGAAUGGAACAUCAGCUAGAAGGUUUAUCUUCUCUUCUCCUCUUGGCUUUGAUUUUAGGUAGGGAGGCCGUAAUGUACAUAUAUAUAGGCUAGAAGAAGGUAUUGGAGGUAGCAGUAUUUUGGUGUACAGAAGAUGGAAACAUGGAAGUCUAGAUAUUAUUCAACUGGAUAUUUUAGUUCCAUUAUUAGUUGGUUUUCCUUUCUGCAGUUAUGUACAGACCGAUCCGUUUGGGUUCCAAAUCGCAAUGGACAAUGUCAGACAGUUUCCGGCCACGUUUUCUCCAACGGUAUCCACACCACACAAAAUGGAAACCGUAUGUGUCUUGGCCGUUAAUCGUUGGAUUAUAUUUUAUGAACUAUGAAUCUCUCGUGUGUUUUGUUGUUUUGUUGAUGUGGAAUUUGUCUACUGAGUUAUGUUACAUUCUCUUAGAACUUCAAGUUUGCUGUUGAGGUUUUCCCUAUUAUUGUUCAAGAAGGAUGCACGGAGGCUUUGAUACAAUUUGUAACAUCUCAACCAUUUUAGUACUCUGACCAAGUGGUGUGAAAUUAUCCGACUCGCAUAUAAGAAAUCCCAACAUUUGUUAGGGGUAAAUUGCAAGUUUGGUCACUGCAAUUACUAAAAAAGUUAAAUGUUUCGUCCCUAAAAAUAUUUAAUUUCAUUCUUGUUCACUAAAUUUAAUAGAAUGGA